AUGGAGCUCAGAACGUGUCUACUCACCUUGUGUACAUUCUUGGUCCAGAGAUUGUAUUCAUCCUCCAACCUCGGUACUACAUCUCAGCAAUCUCCUAGCAUGGGUUCUUUUACGGAGGGAAUCCGCAGCUUCGUCAGGAGGCACUUCCGCAAGCAUCCUGAUCUUCAGCCUACGCGGGAACCCAAAUAUUACACUCCACCACUGCCAGCCGAAAGCGAAUCUCGACCUGACCAGCAGGCUGCGCCGUCCACUUCAGACCAACCAGCAGGGGCUCAAACCAAGCCGAAGCCAAUCCGUGUGCACAAUCGGGCUGUCGUGAAACCAUCUGCCCAGGCAGCGACUACCACUGGUACACUACAGAUCGCCUUGGAGAACCAGUCAAGCUCGUCACAGGUCUACGCGUACAUCACUGGCCGCGCCAUCGACAACAACAAUGCUGUUUUCAUGCUCCAGGCCGACGCAAAGUCACCAUACUACCCUCCCAGUCCUUCGAGAGCUGGCUCGCCCGUACCCGUGAAUAUCGCCAUAUCACUUGGUGCUCCUGGUAAUGUUGUCACUGCGACCAUUCCAAGGCUGGCAGGCGCUCGCAUCUGGUUCUCCAUGGACAAGCCUCUCACCUUCCUGCUCAAUCCUGGGCCCGGAGUGGUCGAGCCUUCGGUAUUUAAUCCCUCGGAUCCAAACUACAACACCAACUUCGGAUUCUGUGAAUUUACUUUCAAUUCCGCGCAGGUCUUCGUCAACAUCAGUUACGUUGAUUUUGUCAGUAAUGUGCCUAUCGCCUUGACUCUGGCGGACACUUCCGGGGGCAGUCAGCAUGUGGGAGGCAUGAAGUCAGACGGCCUGGCGACAGUUGCAAAGGGCUUGCGAGCCCAGACUGCUGCUGAUGGUCGACGAUGGAGCUCGUUGGUGGUACAAAGUGGUGGCAGAGAUCUGAGAGCCUUGAGCCCAAAUUCCGGCAUCACAACGAACCCCAGCUGGUUCGAUACUUACUGGACGGACUACGUUAACCAAGUCUGGAACAGAUAUCGAUCACAGCAGCUCAUCGUUGACACGCAAGCAUCGUGGGGCGAGGUGAAGGGACAAGUCAACUCGGCGGGCUAUCUGGACUUCGGGGAUGGUAGUGUCUUCGCGAAACCCACCUCUGCUGAUAUCUUCAGCUCUAACAGCGGUCCAUUCGUCACUGGCGGUAACGCCAAGACUAACGCCAUUAUCCCACGCCUAUGCGCCGGCUUCAACAGAAGCACCUUGCUUGUCUCCAACCAGGCCCCAAACGGCACGAAGCCAUCGCAGUAUUACCAGAACCCUGUCACAAAUCAUUACUCCAGGAUUGUACAUGCUGCGAACGUCGAUGGGCUUGGAUAUGCUUGGCCAUAUGACGAUGUUUCGCCUGACGGAGGUGUUCCACAAGAGGGAGCGAUUUUCAGCUUCUCGCCCGCGAAGCUUACAGUGACCGUGGGUGGCAACAAUGCGUACGCAGCUUGA